AUGGCGGGAAUACGUCGGUCGACGCGCCAGACAACUGCAUCUGCCUCAAAGUACAAAGACGACAGCUCUUCGGCCUCCGAGAAGGUGGCACCAAAGCGCAAUGCCAAAAAGUCCACGCGUCAAAAACGUGUUCGCGAAGACGACGCUGAUGAAGACGAGAAGGAUGAGAGCAACCAGCCACCAGCCAAGAAGAGCAACAAGUCCAAGCCAGAACCGAAAUCUGCCACAACCGAAGCCCAAUCCCUAGAGACGCCUGUACCACCCGCAGCCCCGUGGAACGACUCAAACCGUGAUGCAGACGAUAGCCAGGAAGUGUUCUGGCUGAUGAAAGCCGAACCUCUACCCCGCUUCGAGAACGGUGUCAAUGUCGCCUUCUCGAUCGACGACCUGGCCGCCUGCACAAAGCCAGAACCCUGGGGCGGUGUGCGAAAUCCGCAAGCGCGCAACAAUAUGCAAGCUAUGCGUAAAGGCGACCUAGGCUUCUUCUACCACAGCAAUGCAAAGCCUUCGGGUGUGGUUGGCAUACUCAAGGUCGUCGAAGAAGCCAAGGUAGAUGAGACGGCGUUCGACAGCAAGGACCCCUACUAUGACCCCAAGAGCGACCGAGCCAAGCCAAAGUGGUACUGCGUUGGAGUUGAGUUUGUUAAGAAGUUCGACGAUGUCGUGGACCUGAGAAGCAUCAAAGAGAACGCAGCGGCAGGAGGCAAGCUGAAACACAUGCAGCUGAUCACCAAUGGACGCUUAAGCGUCUGUCGAGUACGCAAAGAAGAAUGGGAGUUCAUUCUUGGCAUGGCUGAAAACAAGUAA